AUGGCUCCUCAAGGUCGAAAAAGCCUGCCCGCUCAGCCAGCAGCGGCCAGCGACUCUGAUGAAGAAACCAGUCAACCGAGUCAAGAGGAUCUAGUCAAGAAGGCUGAAAACAUUCUGGCUCAGGUAUAUCAAAAUAAUCAUUGACUGACAUUGGGCUCUCUGACAACGCCCAAAACAGGGCAAGAAACGUCGAGAGGCCAAGCGCAAGUCAAUUGAAGCAGAGCAUAGCAAACGCGUCAAGGAAGUCAAAACCAAGAUGGAGAAUCUCUACGCGGUUAGGAAGAACAAAGUGUGAGUCUUUUUCGCGUCUCUGCCCUCGCUAUGAUGUCCCUCUCCUCAAUCCAGCUUUUUGAACUCCAAGCCUACACCUCACCCAUGAAGGACCCUCCACCACUAUGUCCUUCCUCAAACCUUCGUGCCUUUCUUUAAUACAUUUUCAGUUCCAAACUCCAAGCCAGCUACUGGGAGAGACUCGACGCACUCAACAAUAAGCGUGAAGCCCUCGAAAAAGCCAUUUUGGCCAGCAUGAAGACGAUGGAAGGCCACACCAUAGUUGUUGCCGGCUAUAUCUCCCAUGUACUCGACGGACGUUUGGAAGAAGCCAAAGAAAUGGCCAACAUUAGCGAAUCGAUUGGACAAACCAGAAUUGAAGGUACUUGUGGCAUCCAAAAAUACCCUUGUAACCCAUGCUGA